AUGGUAACUGAUAGUUCUUCACCUACUAGUAGUACUGGAGACACUAGGACCAAAGCGGAUGGUAGUAGCUCCAAUAGUAGUGAAAGUCAUGUCGCAAGAGGUGGCACUAAUGAUCAUGACCCUUUAAACACAUAUGGAUUCUACCCUACGACUGUACCGCCAUUUGUGCUGGAUUCACAGAUUGAGAAGGUCAAUACUCGCGUUACACACACUCCUUCAAAGGCGGAGAUCAAUGAUUGCAGUCAGUUUAAUUUAAAAGAUCCAUUUUUGGUCACUUAUGAUGGUAAAUGGGGGGAUUUUGCCCAAAAUAUAGGUUCAAACGUUGCCUAUCCGAAGCAGGCGCAUGCCAGGCUUUCAUUAGACCAAAAUUCCACCAGUUCGAACAAUUCUGAUAUAGAGAAGCAAAGCAAUACUGAUGGGAGUUCUUUGAUCGAACGAGAGAAAGCAGGAAAGCAGGUUUUGAAGGACUUGAAUGGAGAAUGGGGAGGUGGAAAGAGACUUGAAAAGUUAUUCAAUACUCCGAUAGCGGGGAAUUACGAGUUUAAGAAUAAUGAGGAUCGAAAGGCUUGGUAUGACUAUGUGACCAAGAUCAAACAAUUUUACUACGGCGAAGGCUCCAAUUGGAAUCCAACGGAUAACAAGAGUAGACUGGAACAGAUGGAGAGAGGCACUGCAGGCAGGCGGAACCCCGACUGGGUCGAAGAGUUGAAUAGAGACAGAUUAAAAUUCAAGCAAGUGAAACAACAAAAGCUACAACAAUGGAUGCCCGCGCUAAAAAGACUAUUGCUGGAUAAUCAAUAUUUACCUCUAGGUCUACGUAUUGUUGUGGGAGUCCUAAGCGUAGUCUCUCUAGGUUUAGCUGUUCGAAUCUUUCAAAAUUCGUCUUCAAGAGUCGCAGCAAUCCAGAGCUCAGUGGAUCAGCAACCAAGCACAAUCAUGGCAAUUUGUGUUAAUGCAAUCGCCGUGGUAUAUAUUGUGUGCAUAGCGCACGAUGAGUUUUCUGGGAAACCGCUUGGGCUCAGAAACCCUUUUGGCAAGUUACGACUUAUCCUGCUUGAUCUCCUAUUCAUCAUUUUUUGCAGUGCCAAUCUAGCACUAGCGUUCAACACACUUUUCGAUCCCCAAUGGGUAUGCACGAACGAAGGUGGGUCCACCGGUCACACCCGUCAGUACCCUAAGAUUCCCUACAUCUGCGAGAAACAAAGAGCACUUUCGUCAUUCCUCUUCGUCAUGCUUUUCAUGUGGAUACUAACCUUCACCGUUAGCAUAGUGCGAGUAGUUGAGAAGGUAAGUUCUUCACCAAGAGACUAA